AUGGGUAGUAUCUACCGCCGCGCUACCCUUCGUUUUUCGCGUCGGCGGAGCCAGCCUCACGCGCGUCUACUCAGCUUUUUCCUCGGAUUUGGCAGAGCCUUCGUGUGGCUGGCGAUCGCUGCGGAGGACUUGGUCUACGUCGCAUUUUCGCUGACACUCACAACGUGGGUCGAAGUUAAGGCAGCGCUGCGUCAGACGGCGGCACACAAGCCGCGGGCGGAGGACCUGCGCAUCGCGGUCUUCUUCCUGCUCUUCGUUCAGGUGGCCGCCUUUGGCGCAGGAAAAACCGUGUACUGUCUAGUCCCAGUCCUCGACCCAUUCCUCAUGGUAGCGCUCUUGGUCUUCAAGAUCGUUGCUCCCCGAAUCAUCCUCGCGACCUGCUUCUCCAUCUCGAACGCGCGCCUCUCACCCCCACCGUUCAGUCUCUUCCUCGUCGCCCUCACCUACACAAAAAGUACGUUGCAUCGCUCAUUGCUCUCGGAUUAG